AUUCCAUCAAAUGGUUUGAAUUCCUCCGGCAAAUCUCACAUCUUCCUCCUUCCAUCCAUCCGCUCGCCGCGCUUCAAUCGGAAGCUCGUUCCGUUCCUUCAACCUCGGCGCCGACGGGGGGCGAAUUCAGGAAAAAUCGCCGCCAUGCAACUUCCAUUCGACGGCGGGAGGUCCGCCAGGGCGGCGGAGAAGCCGAAUUUCGCGCAGACUUGCAAUCUCCUCAGCCAGUUUCUCAAAGGGAAGGGAAAUCUCAGAGAUCUAGGGCUGGAGAUUCGCGGCAAAUUGGAAGCUCCAGAGUGGGAGGAGUUCACCCAGGCCGUGGAAGAGAAUCGAAGGUUGAGGCUCUCCCUAGCUAGGUCGUCGUCAGGUUCUCGGGGUGCUGCCUCUGGUUUUGCUCCUCGCUUCUCCCCCUCCGAGAUGGAGUUUCUGCAAAGAGGCUCGUCGUCUGCGAGCACCGCGGGCAUGGAGAAUGCCGCCGCCCUUUUAGGGGACGACGGAGGUGGCGUUGGGGCGGCUUCUUCGUCUUCUUCGGCUCCUCCGGAUCCCCACACCAACGUCCAGAUGCCCGGCUUGUGGGAGGCUCUUGAAACGUUGUACCAAGAAAAUGAGGUGCUCCAGCAAUCCCUUGCAGCAAGUUCAAGGGACAACGAGGCCGGCGGCGGCGGCCAAAGUCGUCCGAGAGGUUCCCUUCGUAGUGAAAGUUCUUUUUUAAUCACUCCGUCCCAUAAAACAUGAGAGUUUUGUUUUUUUAAAAACCUUUCUCCUUUCUUUUUUUAUCCGUCACUUACCCCUUACUUUUUCAUACUUUAACUAUCACAUCAUACCUUUUUACUAAUAAUUUAUCCAUUAAAUCAUACUUUUACCCAUCACAUCAAAGAACAUUUUUGGAAAUUCAAUACCAAAAUACACUCCCCUUAAAUCCUUCCUUAAAAACAAAACUCUCAUGUUUCAUGGGACGGAGGGAGUAUUUAUUAAUACUCUUAAGCCGCUACGAAGCCAAGCAGUACCAUCUAAAGCAGCAGCACAACGACCUUGUGCGGCGAGCGAAUGAUGUCAUGCAACUUAUAAGGGUCACAAUUCCAGCCCUCUUGGUCGUGCUCGCGGGGAUUGUUGCAGACGAGUCACAUUUUUCAUUCUCUCAAUGGCCUCCCAUUUUCUAUGCUCUAGUGAUGUCUGGCUUUAUGUUCACAUUUUACAAUGUGGUGCUCACAUGCCGCGGUCGGUUAAGAGUCAUAGAAAAAAAACCUCGAUCAUUUUUCGCCGCAAUAACAGGUUAAGGGAGGCUUUCCUGAGGUAUAAGAGUGCUGCGGGUUUGAGAAGGUUGGGAGGGAAUAGGCUUCCUGGUGAAGAUGAAGAUUCAAAUGUGAAUGUGCACUUGGAUUGCACUGAAAGGGAGCUGUUUCUCCUCAAUGAAAAUCAAAACUUGGAUAACUUUGUGGAGGAUUACUACACCGAGCUUUACCUCUGCACGGGCCUGAGCUUUACCUCUGCACGGGCCUGAUGUUCUUCCAAGCCGCUUUCUCCGUUGUUACUACAUUGAUUAAAAUGUUACUGAAGAAGAAUACUUAGCCUCGAUUUGCACUAC